AAAAAACAGAGCAACGGGAACAAAAAAAAAAUGGCGGCUUCAUCAGCAUUCUCAGUGCUCGCCACAAAUUCAAUCCCCAAAAUUUCGUCCGCAGAAAAAUCAGAAUUACACGAAAUCAAGAAAAGGGAAUUUAGUAAGAGAAGCCCAAAUCCGAUUUUACUGAAAAUCGGACCAAAUUUAGGUCGAAAUUGUUCGACGAGAUUGUUUGCGAAGCUGACCCAAAUAGAACCGGAUCUCAACGAAGAUCCGAAAGACAGAUGGGCGACGAAUGGAAUCGACGUGGAAGAUUAUAAGUUUGGGAAGUACGAUGAUCAUCAUACAUACUUUGAAAGUGAUGAAAGAGGAUCAUUUUGGGGAUCAAUUGCAGAAGAUUACGCAGCAGUUGGACCUCCUACAGGAUUUCAGGGUCUCAUUUCAUGGCUCUUCCUUCCUACAGUUGCUGUAGCAAUGUAUUUCGACGCUCCGGGAGAGUACUUAUAUAUCGGUGCAGCAAUAUUUACGGUUAUAUUCUGCAUAAUCGAGAUGGACAAGCCAAGUGAGCCACAUAACUUCGAACCUCAGAUAUAUAACAUGGAGAGAGGGGCUCGCGACAAGUUGAUCUCCGAUUACAACACUAUGGACAUAUGGGAUUUCAAUGAGAAAUACGGAGAGUUGUGGGAUUUCACAGUCAACAAUGACGAUAUCGUAAAAACAUAAAAUAUAAGGCAAUCUGUAUAUGCUAUGAUCAGUAACAAAAAAUCGAAAUUUCGGAGAGCAAAAGGUACAUAUGAAUCUUUUCUUUCUUUUUUUCAUCCUAUUUGUUUAUCAUAAUUGCUUGAUAUUGUGUGAAAAAAAUCCUAUAUUUCCUGAUAUAUGUGUGUGUAUACCGAAAGAAGAAUUGAAGAGGGACAA